AUGCACAAUCAACAAAAUGAAACAUUUCUCCAAGUGAUCCCUUCUGUGGUACGUCCAAGUAUGCACAAUCAACAAAAUGAAACAUUUCCCCAAGCAAUCCCUUCUGUGGUACCUCCAAGUAUGCACAAUCAACAAAAUGAAACAUUUCCCCCAGCAAUCCCUUCUGUGGUACGUCCAAGUAUGCACAAUCAACAAAAUGAAACAUUUCCCCCAGCAAUCCCUUCUGUGGUACCUCCAAGUAUGCACAAUCAACAAAAUGAAACAUUUCCCCCAGCAAUCCCUUCUGUGGUACCUCCAAGUAUGCACAAUCAGCAAAAUGAAACAUUUCUCCAAGUGAUCCCUUCUGUGGUACGUCCAAGUAUGCACAAUCAACAAAAUGAAACAUUUCCCCCAGCAACCCCUUCUGUGGUACCUCCAAGUAUGCACAAUCAACAAAAUGAAACAUUUCCCCCAGCAAUCCCUUCUGUGGUACCUCCAAGUAUGCACAAUCAACAAAAUGAAACAUUUCCCCCAGCAAUCCCUUCUGUGGUACCUCCAAGUAUGCACAAUCAACAAAAUGAAAAAUUUCCCCCAGCAAUCCCUUCUGUGGUACGUCCAAGUAUGCACAAUCAACAAAAUGAAACAUUUCCCCCAGCAAACCCUCCUGUGGUACGUCCAAGUAUGCACAAUCAACAAAAUGAAACAUUUCCCCCAGCAACCCCUUCUGUGGUACGUCCAAGUAUGCACAAUCAACAAAAUGAAACAUUUCUCCCAGCAAUCCCUUCUGUGGUACGUCCAAGUAUGCACAAUCAACAAAAUGAAACAUUUCUCCAAGUGAUCCCUUCUGUGGUACGUCCAAGUAUGCACAAUCAACAAAAUGAAACAUUUCUCCAAGUGAUCCCUUCUGUGGUACGUCCAAGUAUGCACAAUCAACAAAAUGAAACAUUUCUCCAAGUGAUCCCUUCUGUGGUACGUCCAAGUAUGCACAAUCAACAAAAUGAAACAUUUCCCCCAGCAAUCCCUUCUGUGGUACGUCCAAGUAUGCACAAUCAACAAAAUGAAACAUUUCUCCAAGUGAUCCCUUCUGUGGUACGUCCAAGUAUGCACAAUCAACAAAAUGAAACAUUUCUCCAAGUGAUCCCUUCUGUGGUACGUCCAAGUAAGCACAAUCAACAAAAUGAAACAUUUCUCCAAGUGAUCCCUUCUGUGGUACGUCCAAGUAUGCUCAAGCACUAA